CAGAAGAGAUGGAUUCUAAAGCAGAACAUGAGCGUAUAAACAUCAAACAGGAGAAUUUAAAUACUGCAAAUUAUCAAGAAUAUUCAAAUAAUGAUUUAAGAAUUAUUCAAGAAAGCAUUUAUGUAGAAAGCACAGAAAUCAAACAAGAACAUCUCUUUGGUUGUACAUCUAAAAAUGAAAUAUUGGAACCAAAGGAUGAAGUCAACGAGGAUUAUCUUAGCAAAGAGGAUUACUGCAAUGAGGAUUAUGUUAGCAAUGUGGAUGACGUUGCCGUUGAACUUGAUAUUAAGAAAGAACCUUUAGACAUCGUAAGCGAAGCAAACACUAAUCUUGCUUUAGAGGAAAUUAGGGGAUGUGAAGUUGAGCCGAAUGUAAUAUUGAACUCUGCUGAACAUAUUGAAAGAGGUGCAGUUAUUCUUGAUGAUUUAUCUAAAAGUGAAUAUAAUAUAAAUGACAGAAGAGAUCAUACACUUGAAAUAAGUUCAGAAACUUUGAAUAAAUCAAUUGAAUCAUUCAGAUGUGAGAUUUGUGGGAAAUGUUACUCUAUCAAAAAUGAUCUUGACAAACAUGCUUUGAAACACACCAGAGAGAGACCAUUUCAUUGUCACGUUUGUGAAAAAAGCUUUACGUCCUCACUUUUGUUAAAACGUCACAUCUUGAAUUUGCAUUCGGAUUCAGGUGAAAAGCCUUUCAAGUGUAAAAACUGUUCAAAAAGCUUUCUGUGGUCUUCCAAAUUAAAAGUUCAUGAACGAAUACAUACUGGGGAACGACCAUUACAGUGUAAAGUUUGUGGUAAAUGCUUUAAUAAUUUAGGUUCUUUUGGCAUUCACCAGUUGACUCAUUCUGGAAAAAAAAACUAUAAAUGUAGAAACUGUUUCAAAUGCUUUUUAAGAUAUGAUGAUUUAAGAAAGCAUGAAACGAUCCAUACAGACCUACGACCAUAUGAGUGCAAAUUUUGUAUGAAAAGAUUUAGAUUGUAUUGUACUUAUACACAACACAAAAGAAUACAUGGUAUAGAUAAUAAAUUUAAGUGUAAGUUUUGUGGGAAAUAUUCACAAACAUUGCAAGAUUUGAGAAACCAUGAAAUGAUCCAUACUGGUGAGAAGCCAUUUAAAUGCAAAAUUUGUUUAAAAAAAUUUAGAGUAGCUGGAACUUUGAAAUGCCAUAUGCUUUUACAUACUGGAAAACCCUUUAAAUGUAAAGUUUGUGGUAAAGGCUUUCAAACGGCUCAUGCUUUGAAGGCACAUGAAGCUGCUAAACAUACUGGAAGUAAGCCUUUUGAAUGUGAUGUUUGUGGAAAAUGCUAUGUUGAUCGUUACAGCUUGAAACAUCAUAAAGUUACACAUACUGAAGACAAGCCAUUUAAAUGUAAAGAGUGUGAAAAAUGCUUCUUUUUCUCAAGAGCUUUGAAGGAGCAUUCAAAAGUACACAGCUUGGAGAAGCCUUUCAAAUGUGCAGUUUGUCAAAGGGGUUUCAUACGACAACAAUCUUUAGAAAUUCAUAAAAGUGCUCACCAUGAGGGCAAACGUUUUAAUUGCAAGCUGUGUAAGAGUUCUUUCCUUUACCCAAAGUCUUUAAAAAUACAUGAAAUAACAUGUGAAAGAAAAAAAAGAGGCUUUAAGUGUCACAUUUGUGAUCAAUCAUUUGGGAAAUUUAGUGCCUUAAAAUCACACAGACUAUCGCAUAGUAAUGAAAAUGUGUACAAUUGUAAAAUAUGUGAUAAGGUGUUUGAAACCCCUGGUGAUUAUGAAAGCCAUCAAUCUUUUCAUUUAAAAGAGAACAAAUUUAGAUGCAAAUUCUGUAUGAGGUAUUUCAAUGACUGUGAUACAUUAAAAAUGCAUGAAAUGUUCCAUACUGGAGCAACACCAUUCAUAUGUAAACAGUGUCAAAUGGGUUUUGAAACUAGAAUUGAAUUGAGAAAACAUGAGAUACUUCACUCUGCCAAACAGGAACCAACUAAACUUGAUAAGGAAUUCAAAUGCAAAGUUUGUUCAUUGACUUUUAUGCAGGCUUCUACAUUAAGAAUCCACGAAAUGACACAUUCUGAAGAAAAAACAAUCAAAUGUUCAAUAUGUGAUAAGAAAUUCUCGAGACCAUUUGACUUAAAGAUUCAUGAAAGGGUUCAUAAGUA